AUGGCCUCCGGUAAUAUUACUCUUACUGUUCAGAAAGAUUCAAAUGCCUGGGAGGCUCUUCAGGAAGAAUUGACACAGCUUUUUAAGCAUUUAGCACAGAAAACCAAGAAUAUUUUACCUUUUCCUGUUAAAGGGCAGUGGCAUGUUGACGUAUUAUUAAGUGAUAGCGAGAUUGUUUGCGCCUUAAAUCAUCAAUAUAGAGGGAAAAAUAAACCAACAAAUGUUCUCUCUUUUCCACAGACAGCAGGAAUAGAGACCCUAACGAAUUCGUCACAAACAUGUCUUUUGGGAGAUAUUGUUUUGUGCUGGGGGGUUAUUAAUGCUGAAGCCUUGGAGCAAAAAAAGACAAUUAUUCAUCAUGUUGCCCAUUUAUUUGUACACGGCCUUCUUCAUCUGUUAGGAUUUGAUCAUGAGGGUGAAAAAGAUGCAGAGUCACCGGCUCGAGAUGCUCUUGAGGAGCUUAUUGAAGAAGAUGAAGCUUCGAUUGAUCCAGAAGAGCGCCUUUUGCUGGGUAAUAUUUUAGAUCUUCGAGAUCAAAAUGCUUCCGAUGUGAUUAUCCCCAGGGGUGACUUAAAAGCGAUUUCAAUGGAGGCAACAUUUGAAGAAAUUGCUUCUGUUGUUUCCGCGUCUCCUUUUACACGGAUCCUUGUUUAUAAAGGGACACUCGAUACAAUUGUGGGGUUUGUGCACAUCAAAGAAAUUCUCAAGUUUGCAUCAGAUUUUUCUCGUUUUGAUUUGAAAUCAAUUCUUCAACGCAUUUUAUUUGUUUCUCCUUCAAUGCCUUUGUUGGAUUUGCUUCUUCAAAUGCGCAUGACAAAAAUACCUCUUGCUGUUGUUGUUGAUGAAUAUGGUGCAACGGACGGUUUGGUUGCUGCAUGGGACAUUAUUCGAGAAAUUCUAGGCGACAUCGGAGAUAUUCAUGAUAUGGAAUCUGCGCCUCAGAUGACGCGUAUUUCAGAUAGUUCAGUUUUGGUUGAUGGUCGUUUGGACCUUGAGGAUUUAGAAGACGCUUUGGGUCCUUUCCGUACAGAAGAAGAUAGAAAUGAGGAUGUCGAAACUGUUGGGGGAUUUUUCUAUAUUUAG